CCUCUCCUCUGGGCGGGCAUGGCAACUUCGAUGCCAGCAAAACUGGACUAAAUCAAUGACUGCGGAUUUUUCUACGAAAAUACUAUCAUGUGCCCUGCGGUCUCUUUGGAUGGUAGACUGUCUUCUGCUUGUUCGAUGAUGCUCCACAUCCCAACUGGAGGUCCCGAACGCAGAACAAAGUCGGCUGUGCACAGCGAUGUAAAAAAUGAUGCUGGUUGUGACCAGCACUGGACCCGAAAGGAUUGUAUGAAUGGGGAUGAUCCAGGCAUCCCAGUGAGGAGUCAGAUCCCGGCAAACAGGUCAUCCAUCAGUGCAGAGAAGUUCAAAAGCCUUCUCCGGUGUGCCAUGCCCUCCUUGUCGCCACUUAAGUUUAACACUCUCAAUGCAAAGGUGAUGAAGAAAGAUGAUGGUACGAUUGAGGGCUAUUAUAACUCCAAGAGGAACCAUCCCAGUGAAACUGCAUAUCAGACAGAACGAGCGAGGUCCAGGUACAGCAUGGCUUCCCGUUCCAUACAAGAGCUCCAGCAAGGCCUCAAAUAUCAGAUGACUGGUGGUCUGAAGGGCCUGAUGCGAACACUGCGUCUCUAUGACUACAACCGCGACGGAAGUAUCCAGCGGCAUGAGCUACGCCGUCUGCUGCAGAACUACCUGCCCAUGACAGACACCGAGUUCAAAAGGCUAUGGAUGCACUACAACCCCACCAACUUUGCCAUGAUGCCCUACAAAGAAUUCCUCACCAAGCUGGGUGUCAACUACGAGAGGUACAACAGAUUUGCACCGUCUAAAAGCCUAGUGAUUGACACACAGGCGUCUGGAGAGGAAAGAGGAAGGUGCACGCGAGACACCCCAGGAGAACUCCUGGAGGCGAUUCCUCUGGCUGACCUGACCCCAGAACAGACCCAGGAAGUGUUUCUGAAGAAGAUGCGGCAGAACUACAAUGAAGUGUGGCGUACUCUACAGGCCUUUGAUGUCACCAGCUCUGGAACCCUGAAACUGACAGAUCUGCAUUCCAUCAUCAUCCACUUCCUGUUUCCCAUGAGCCUUUGCACUUUGCAUAACAUCCUGCAACGACUUGGAGUGUGGUGUACCAGAACUGUUCAGUGGAAAGACUUCAUGACGACAGUCAGAGAUUAUGUCCAGCCAGAUUCCACCACGAAACGUGCCAAGAGCAACAGUCAAGGAUCAGCAACAGUCAACAGUAGCAGUCAAGGAGAAAUGGGAGAAGAUUCCACAAAGCAGAUAGAGGGGCUGCUGAGGGCCAGACUGAGCAAGUCGUCUGCGGCGGUGAGCCAGGCCCUGUGCCAGCUGGAUCGGGCCGGCCGAGGCACCGUGGCCCAGGAAGACCUCAGGAGGGUCAUCCAGCAGCAUGGCCUGCCCCUUACCGACCAACACUUCCACAGGUUAUGUGAACCGUUUGCUGAUUCCAGCGGAGUGGGAUAUAAGUCCCUUCUUCAUCACUUAGGGAUGCAUGCAGGUGACAGAGGCACUAAAGACAGGAGUCCGAGGCCCGCCUGGGGAGCGCGCGUGAAGGAAGUGGACGAUCUCUUGUGGAGGCUGAGGGAGAGGCUGAGCCUGCAGAGCCAGGCCCUGGGCGACCUCUUUCAGCCCCUCACGCCCACGGCGACCGCCGGCCUCCACGAAACCCUGUCUCUGGCCGACUUCCGGAAGAUACUGCAGGACUGUAAGUUGUGUGUGAGCGAGCGUCAGCUGGAGUCUAUGAGCAUGAUGCUGGGCUUCAAGGAGGGCAAGGCCUCCGCCAGAGAACUCAUGGCCAACUACUCAGCGAGUCUGGCUAGGUACGCCAGUGUGAACAGCCACCAGAGGAGCGCCAGAGUCUCCAUCAGCCCCAAGGUCGCCGCUGUCAUCCAGAUCCUGUCGGCCGAGGACUGCCUCUCUCUCAUGGCUGACAGAAUCUGCGAGGUGCACGGGAGCCUCUACUCGGCCUUCUAUCUGAUGGACAAGGAUCGGGACGGUUUGGUGUUCGCGCGAGACUACAAGCUCCUCCAUGACACCUUGGGCUUUGUUUGCAAGACCUUUGAGUACAAUCGCCUGCUGAGACGCAUGGGCCUUGGACCCAACAAGAACCUCAACUUCUUUGAGUUCCAAAACGUUGUCCAUUCAAAGGGUCUCCGAGUGCAGCCAACCACUGGACUGGAGCAGCUUCAUCAGACUAUGGUUUUCCUCGCUACCCACAGAUGGCGUGACAUGUCCAAGAAGCUGACUCGGUAUGGCAACGAAGGGGUUCAAAUCGUUCUGAAAAGUGAUUUUAAAGAUCUGGCCUUCUCCUUUGGACUACCCAUCACACCAGAUGAACUACAACUGCUGUGGUCUAGAUAUGACCCUCAUGCCAAAGGCUACCUCACACUCUCUGAGUUCAGGGAGAGUCUAAAACUGGACCCCGCUGAUGACCUCCUCCAGCCAGCAAUGGACAAUGCAGACAUGGCCGGGCAGACAUGGGCUUUGCAGAAGGACAUAGAGGAGCUUGUGAGGCAGCGUGAGUGUGAGCUGAGCAUGGCUCUGUCCCAGAUGGAGAAGAGCAGGGGCAGGCAUAUGGGCAGGGUGUCCAUGGAGGACCUCCUGGAUCUGCUGCAGCAGCACGGCUGCAGUGUGGACCGAGAGCCACUCAUACGACUGCUGCACAGUCUGAAAGUGAGCGUGGUGGCGGGUGGCUUGUCAUGGCAGCAGUUCCUGAAGGCAUUUGAUCAGGGUCCAAAGCAUCCGUGUCAGGGGAGCCCACGCACCACCGCUGCUGCCCCCUCCCUCUCCCCCAUCGAGGACCUGGAGCCACUGAGAACAGAGAGUGCCAUCCAGAGAGUUCAAGAGCUGGUCAGGGCCUCAGCGGAGACACUUCGCAAGGUGUUCUCUGCGUUUGACCGCGACGGCAGCGGCACGGUGUCCAACCUGCUGUUCCGGCGGGUUCUGGAGCAGUUCUGCGCCCGGCUGACGGACCGGCAGUACCACGAGCUGCUCGGCCACCUGCCGCUGGACUGGGACACCGGCACAGUCUGCUGGAGGAGCUUCCUGGAGCAGUUGGAUGCCAACGUCAUGGCUCCCACCCCGGUGCCUGCCUCCACCUCACCGCAGCCUGCGUUGGAGAGCGAGGUCCUGGCCAGCGUGCGGAAGGCCGUCUCGGAGCAUCUCCUUUCUGUCACCAUGGAGCUGCAGGAUGCCGACAUCACCAACUGCGGUGCCGUCAGCAAAGAGGAUUUCAGGGAGUUCGCGGAUCACCACUUUCACUUCCUCUCGCCGGAGCAGUUUGAGUGGCUGUGGGAGCAGUUGCCGUUGACGGAGAUGGGCGAUCUUGACUACCGCACCUUCCUGAAGCAUUUCGGCUCUGAGGAGCCCCACCCCCUCUCUGCAUCCUCCAGCCUUGAGUCCCCCUGCCUGGCCCUGGCCCUGCUCGAUACCAGCAGCUCCAUGGAGAUGCCAUCCACACUCCCCACCAGACCCAUGACCACAUCCAGUUGCUCUGUCUCCGUUAAGGUCCCGUGGAGGCGUCCGUGCUCGACCCCGCUGCUGAACUGCAAUGCGACGGAGCGUCGUAUCCAGGGCCGCGUGCACUGCUGCUGGAGGGAGAUCAACCGACGCUGCCGACAGGAGGACACACACAGGACCGGACACAUCGGCCAGCACACCUUCAUCAGAAUCCUGAAGGACCUGCACAUCAACCUGGAAGAGGAGGAGCUGACGCAGCUGGCCAGGAAGUACGACAUCCAGAGUAACGGCCAGCUGUCCUACACGGCCUUCCUCAAACACUUUGUCUUCUUCCUGCAUCCCCACACCAAGCAGGCCUUCGAGCAGAAGCAGCAGCACGUGGAGCCAAAGGGCUCAAGAGACGCAGACAAAAAGCAGGCGUUGUCCCCAUUGGAUGACCUGUGUGCUGAAGCCAUCCAGAGGAUGAGCAAGCACAUCAGACACUGCUGGAGGAGCAUGAGGCAGGGCUUCGCAGCACACGACCCCAAACUCCAUGGCACCGUGCCUACCUCAAAGUUCAAGAAGGUGCUGCGACAGCACGGCGUGAAUGUUUCUGAGGAGGAGUUCUUCCACCUCGCCUGCCGCUUUGAUAAAGACGGCGACGAGCGGAUAUCCUACAACGAUUUUCUGCGCACCUUACUGGGAAGCGGGCCAAUCCCAUCUGCAGGUGCCUCGGAAAGCAGGAGACUAGCGAUAUGUCUGUAGCACCACUGGCAGACGCACGCCGAUCUCUCUGUAUCUCUGUGUCUCUCUUCCUGUCUCUCAUUCGAGAACACUGGGCCUUUACACCCUGAUACCCGGUGUGUGUUUUCAUCCUUUUUUAAUCCACUUGUAGCCAGGGGCAACAACAUGGAAACGAAAGCUCCUUAAAACGACAACAAAACAAACAAACAAACAAAAACAUACUAGACAUGUUCAUUAUCCUCCGUUUACAUAUUUCUUCUUUUUGAAAGAUAAAAUAAAAGAUUAUGACAAGCCACAGGAAA